GAGGUUGAAAAAUGAACAAUCAUAAUCUACUUGUUAGCCUUUUCAAUUGAUAUGUCUUUUCCCAUGUUGCUUCUCGAUGCACAACCUUCAGCAUUCACCACUGCUGUUGUGAUUCUGGUGGUGCUCUGGAUUUUCCGUAAACUUUCUAGGCAUAGAAAAGGUGCAAGAAAAUUGCCCCCUGGGCCUACUCCCUGGCCUAUCUUGGGAAAUUUGCUUCAGUUGGGAAAGCUUCCCCACCAUAGUCUUCAACAUCUUGCUAUGAAAUAUGGGCCCAUUUUCUCACUGAAAUUGGGCUCUAUUCCCGCAGUUGUGAUUUCUUCUCCUGCCAUGGCCAAAAUAUUCUUGAAAACUCAGGAUUCAAUCUUCGCCAACCGGCCUCUAAGCUCUGCAGCAGAGCACAUGGCCUAUAACUACAAAGACGUGGGUUUCAAUCGUUAUGGGCCUUACUGGAGGCAGAUGAAGAAAGUAUGCAUGGUGGAAUUGUUUAAUGACAGAAGAUUGGAGUCCUUCGCACCCAUACUGGAGGAGGAGCUUGAUUUCGCUCUCCGUUCAAUGUGGGAGGAGAGCCGAGAGGGCAAAAGUGCUGUCAAUCUUAGCAAGCUCAUGUCGUCCAUUAUACAGGCGCAUUUAUGGCGAAUCCUCUCUGGUGGCAAAUCUAAUGACUACCAUUUGAAUGAAGAUGCCAAGGAAAUUAAAGCUCUGUUGUGGGAGAUUUCCCACUUAGCUGGUCUUUUCAACAUUGGAGACUUUAUUCCUUGGACAGACUGGAUGGAUUUGCAAGGAUUAAAGAAGCGCAUGCGAAAGGCACAUCAAUCCUUCGACCAAUUCGCUACCAAAAUAAUGGAGCAGCACAAGCAGAGGAAAAGCAGCUCAACCACGGACGUCCUUGACGCGCUUCUCGCGAUGCAGUCCAACGAUUCCAUCUCAAUCACUCCUCAAAACAUCAAGGCCGUCCUUUUUGAUCUUAUCGUGGCUGGCGUGGAAACAACGGCCACUACCUUGGAAUGGGCGAUGAGUUUGCUGAUCCGAAACCCUAGCGUGGUGGAGAAAGUGCGGGAAGAAAUCGAAGGCGUGGUGGGCAGGGACAGGGCAGUAAAAAGCAGCGAUCUUCGAAGCAUGGAAUAUCUUGGGUGUGUGGUGAAAGAGACUCUGAGAUUAUACCCGGUGUUGCCUUUGCUACUUCCCCACGAAUCAAUACAAGAUUCUAAUGUUGAGGGCUACUUCAUUCCGGCGGAAAGCAGGGUUAUUGUGAACGCCUGGGCUUUUGCAAGAGAUCCCUCCGUGUGGAAUGAUCCUCUGGAGUUCAUGCCAGAGAGAUUCAUGGGAAAAGAUGAUGAUUUUGUGAAAGCCAAGGAGUUUUUUGAUAUGGUUCCCUUCGGAGCAGGACGAAGAGGAUGCCCCGGGGCUACCAUGGCCUUCUCCAUCAUGACGCUUACCAUUGCUCAGCUCGUGCACUGCUUUGAUUGGCGCGUGGAAGGAGAGUUGGACAUGACUGAAACCUUUGGUGCCACCACGCCCAGAGAACAUGAACUUCUUGCCUUUCCGACCUUGAGGUUGCCCGCUUGCCCCUGAUCUACCUUCUCCUUUUGAAUAUGGUAUACUAUUUAGUAACCCAAUCUCCUUCCAUCAAUAAAUAUAUGUAGGCAUAGUAUAUAUUGAAAUAAGGUCCUGCUUUUAGUAACACAGUAAUAAGUGCAAGUGCAACAAUCUACUCUAGUAAUGCAUUAUAAAUGCAUAGAGUUUUAGUGCCUCCUUGCACUUGCAUGUUGUAAAAUCAUGGCCAUUUAGGUGGAUGGUUUUGGAUCAAUGAUAUUCUAUCAUUCAAAAAGUAGUUUUGGAGGUCUUUAAGUUUUGGAUAUUCUAAGUGUAUAAUGGAUUUAUAUUAUUAUGGGUCAUUUAGGUCUAUAUAUAGUUGCAUGAUUUGGAU